AUGGCGAUUACAAUUCUACCUCCCGUUGCGGAUGAUGUCGAGGCAGCAUACCCCGAAUCUGACUUUGACGCAAUGUCCGUUGACUCCGACGGCGGUGUUGAACUCACACCCGCAAAAGCAUCACAACCGACAAAGCGGUCUCGGUUAAUAGAAGGGACAGAUGCUGGAACAGGGAUAAUUACACCAGGAGAGGUUGUGACAGAUGAUCCGCAGUGGAUGAGGGGCCACGGAACAUAUAUAAAUCCUCUUUCAACGUCCAUUAUUGCCACGGUUGCUGGAACUGUCCAGAAAACCAACAAAUUGCUCUCUGUCCAGCCCCUUCGAGCCCGCUAUACGCCGGAGAUUGGCGAUCUGGUGGUUGGGCGCAUAGUCGAAGUCCAGUCCAAACGGUGGAAGGUUGAUGUCGCAGCACCUCUCUUAGCCCAGUUACCUCUUUCUGCGAUCAAUUUACCAGGCGGUAUCCUGCGUCGACGAACAAGCGCAGACGAACUGCAGAUCCGAACAUUCUUUAGCGAAGGAGAUCUGCUUGUUGCUGAAGUACAAACAGUACAUUCAGAUGGUGCGGCCUCGCUUCACACUCGGUCGCUUAAAUACGGUAAACUUCGAAAUGGUGUUUUUCUAGCUGUGGCUGGAGCUGGGGGUAGCGGCGCAUCUAGCUCGUCAGUCAAGGGAGGGCUUGGAUCAGGAUCGGCUGCUGGAGUGGUUCGGUCACGCAGACAAAUGUUUACGAUAACAACUUCUAACGGCGGUGGGGAGGUAGAUAUCGUUCUCGGCGUAAACGGGUAUAUUUGGAUUUCAAAGCACGCGGAGGGCACAGCCGCAGCCUCCUCGACCACGGAUAGCGUGUCGAUAACGCGUAUGGAAGAAAUGGUCUCAAACUCGGUUUACUCAAGCCAGAACGACGAAAUCUCUCCCGCCACAAGACGUGAAAUUGCGCGGUUGGCUCAGUGCAUUCGAGUUCUCAUGCAGGGAGGACUGCGGGUGGAUGAGGAGACAGUCAUGGCGGCGUACGAUGCCAGCUUACAGGUUGAUCUAGAACAGGGCGAUGAAGACUACGACGAAGAUGGACGGCAGCGGGAGGGACGAGAGUAUCUAGAAGGGAACCAAGCUAAGCGGAUUAUACAGUUAGCAACGACGCGCCCGCAGAUCUGA